GAUGGAAUUACCGGAUUGCGCCCAUAUUUCUGGGAUUGCUUGGCUAUAAGACGUGGCUCUACCGUGUAUGACCAAAUCUUGCAUGAUUCUUUUCUCUACUGGUACUAGAGGGCUGCGAAUCAAUAGAAUGAUGCUGUCAUAUCACCCAAGUCUGUUCUCCUUCAUUUUCCAAAUCAUCGCAAUACUGCCCUGUACUAAAACCCGGCACCUGGCCACUGCUCACCUCAUUCUCACAGUAUACAACAUUUGCAAGUUGCCUCAUGUUACACUGACAGAGGCCAGACACCAGCAGACCAUGUGUUACUCUUCCGCUGACAUAAACGCCCCUUUACCAACUCCGAUGUCCAUUCCCUCAUCUCGCUUAGCAUACCCCCCAUUUGCACCCAUAACAGUCUACUUUUGUAACAUACAGCCGAAAGCAACCCAACAUUUUCCUAUUCAAGCAGACUUUCCGAGCGAGCCACGUGGAAAUACGACCGGGAAUCCGGAGCCUCCAUCGUGAUAGCGAUGUCGCGCCCCUGCGUCAGUAUGGCUGGCAGGAUCCUAUAGGAUUCAGGGGAAUGCAUGGCGCACAGGGUUUACCUUUGUGUUGGAUCAGCUGCCUAAAGAUUUUGGCCGGCCACUC